ACAUUGCUACUGCGCAUGCCCAGGACAUAGGGGUGUGGCUAGGCUCAAAGGAGGAGCUAGAAAAUGGCUACUUCAGAGAAGGCUCGAGAUAAAGAAGGAAUGCUUGUUACUGUGGUUUGCCAGAGAUGCUCUACCCCAAUACGUCUUCAUAACACACUGCAAUCAUCAGAGCUGGUCAAAGCGGCCACUAACCUCACCAAGAAAACGAACAAACAAGUUAAAGAACUAUCCCCAGCUCCUUACUCUACUCCAAAGAAUGAGUUAGAGUCAAUAUCAAACGACGUGGCAGUGGUCACUGAUUGUUUCAGGUCCCUCUCAGAGCAGAGCGACAUUGAUCAUCCUCUCUGCUCCUCCUGCCCUGAAUCAACCAUGGACUACUACAAAGAGGAGAUUAGACUGGCUGAAGAAGCUGUUGAUAAUUACCGUCGGUUCCUGGAAGACCUAGUCACUUCUUCUUCAAAUACUGAGGACAUUGAUAAACUUGAGCAGGAGCUGGUUGACCUCCAGCGAGAAGAAGAGUCCUUAACUAUAGAAUUAUCAGGAGUACAGGAUGGAUUAGUUAAGAUAGAGGAUCAGUUAAAGAAAGAGAAGGAGAGAGGGACACGUCUUGAUAAAGAAGAGAGAGAGUUUUGGGAGUCUUUUAAUGAGCAUCAGCUCCAGCAGUUGGAUCUGAGGGAUCAGUCCUUCGGAGUUGAGCUACAGCUCCAGUAUACCAGGGACCAACUGGGACGACUAAAAAGGAAAUCAGUUCUUAAUACGGCAUUCUACAUAUCGCACAACGGCCAUUUUGCUACAAUUAAUGGACUGCGGUUCGGUAAAUUACCCAGUAUACCGGUGGAAUGGUCCGAAAUUAAUGCUGCCUGGGGCCAAGCCACUCUUCUGCUGUACACCCUAGCCAACGUGUGUGGAGUCUCCUUCAAGAGAUACAAACUAAGGCCUUAUGGGAGUCAGUCUUUUGUCCAGGACGACGAGGGAAAGAAGAAAUACUUACCACUUCAUACCAGCUCUCGUAUUUUUGCUGACUCCAAAUACGACCUAGGGAUGGUGGCGUUUCUGGACUGUCUGAAUCAGUUUAAGGCUCACAUUAGUCGAAUAUCAGAAGGGAAGUUCACCUUACCUUAUUAUAUAGAGAAAGAAAGGAUCGGUGAUGGAGAUGAAUAUUACUCGAUAAAAGUACAGUUCAACACGGAGGAGAGGUGGACCAAGGCUUUAAAGUUCACCCUGACUAAUAUUCGCUGGGCUAUGACCUGGGUCUCUGCUAAUGUCCUUGACAGUGAAAGGAGAGACAGCUCUUCUAACACUAUACAAUAAGAACUGCUCCUAGUUUUAAUUCAUUCUUGUAAUUAUUGUUGUAUAUUUCAGCUGAUUUACUUUAAAAAGAUAUUGAGUUUUGAAUUUUAAA